GCGAUAGUUGGACAAGACGGUAGAAGCUGAAAAGUGAAAUUGAAUUUGAAGAAAGUUUUUUAAAAACUAUACAAAGCUGUGAGUGCUUUAUGUUUAUACCGGCUUCGUUAGUUUUCUGUGAUUUAUGUGAUUUGGAUCUGUGCCAAAAGAAAGUGUGAUUUGCUUGAUGAAAUUUAAUAAAGGUGUACAAAAUAUAUGUAAAUGUGUUACUGAACUGAUAUUGAAGAGUUAUUGCGCUUACAUAAUAUACAGUUGCAUUACAUGUGAAAAACUAAUAGACAGCAACGAAUUAUGGCUUACAAAUGGCUUAUAUAUUUGGCAUAUUUUAUGGUAACACCAUCACUGCUGCCGGCUAUUUCCUAUCAAAAACGUAACUAUGAUUUCCGAUAUGCCAAUUCGGAUGUGCCGCAAUGGAAGCAACGUGCCUGUCAAAAAACCCAGCGAGAGAAAAUGAAUUUACAUUACAUUUGUGAUGAGAAGGGUAAUGUCAAGUGUCUGCCCGGAUGGCAGGGUGACCUGUGUCAAGUGCCACAGUGUCGGAAAGGAUGUGAUCCAAUGAACGGCUAUUGCCAACGUCCGGACGAGUGUCGCUGUCGCAUCGGUUAUACAGGCGAGUUUUGUGAACGCUGCAUACCACUGCCGGGCUGCCAACAUGGCUACUGCAAUAAACCGUUCGAAUGCAUUUGCAAACCCGGCUGGGAUGGACUCUUCUGCACCGAACCCACCUGCCGUGCGGGUUGUCACAACACACGUGGCUAUUGUGAGGCACCUGGUGAAUGCCGUUGUCGUCUGGGCUGGGCUGGGCGCAGUUGCAGCGAUUGUGCCGUUUUGCCAGGCUGCCAACAUGGCACAUGUCAAAAGCCACUCGAAUGCAAUUGCCUGCCCGGCUACACGGGACUACUAUGUCAAACAGCUAUUUGCGCAACGGGCUGUCACAAGCAGCGAGGAUAUUGCACCAAACCAGGCGAAUGCCGCUGCAAAGUUGGUUGGACGGGCGAAAAUUGUGGCCAAUGUUUUCCCUAUCCAGGCUGUGUGAAUGGCGACUGCGAACGACCCUGGGAAUGCAAUUGCAAACCCGGUUGGGGUGGCAUGCUGUGCGACGAAAAACUGACAUAUUGCGCUGAGCAUCCAAAUACUUGUGAAAAUGGCGGACGCUGCAUAUCAUACACAAAAGAGGAUGGCAGUUAUCGCUGCGAGUGCAAGCAAGGAUAUCUGGGUAAAAAUUGUGAGAUUUUAGAUGAAUUUAUUUUGACCUCAACAACAGCGCCGCGCAUCACACCGCCACCAAUGCCCCAAUGGGGUGAUGAUAUGGAGAAUGAAACGACAAAUAAUGACGCUGGUGAAAGAGUUAUAGAUGCAGAGAAACAGUUGGAAAAUGAAGUGGCGCAAAAUAAUACUACAACAACAACAACCAAACCUGCGCUACUGCACAAUUCGUUAAUAAGAGAGGCAUUACCAACUGAAACUACUGGGGAGUUGAUAAAUGACACCAAAUCUCUUGAUGCCCACAAUUCUAAUGCCACUAAGCCCACAAAUGCAACACACCUUUCAAUUGUGCCCACACAAUUGCCCGAAGUAAGCAAUGCAACUGUUGUAUCGGUCAAGCAAAACUCAGCAGGCGCCAUAGAAGCAACAGCAACAGCGGCAAAAACUCAUUUGAAUUUAAUAAAUGUGUCAGCGAAUGCUUUAAAAUCACCCCAACCCACCGCAGCAACGCAGCCUAGCCGCUCGGCAGACGAGAGUGGCAACAGCACAAGCUCAACUGCAUCACCGGCCACAGUCGCCUCUAGUCCCAUACCAAUACCAUUGCACUUCUUUGAUGCUUCCUCGCUAGCAAACAAGAAAAUCUCGCACACACUUGCAAGCGUAAAUUCAAAUCUGGCCGCUCAUUCCGGUAAUAAGGUGGCAAAUGAAGUUGCUAAUCGUGAUGAAUAUGACGAGGAUACUGAUGACGACGAGGAAGCUGAUGAAGUUGAUGAAGAGGGUGAUGACGAAGACGAGGACGAUGAUGAUGAUGAUGAUGACGAGACUGAAGAUGACGAGGAGGAUGAAGAUGAUUUAAUACCAGACGUGCUCAACAGUGUUGCAUAGCGUUGACGAAGCGUCUCCAUCCUGCUGCUCAUAUUUGAGUUAUGGUUUUGUCCAAUGGUUGACCUGACGACGCUUGAAUUUAAUUAAUUACUCAUUACUUGUGUACACAUAUGGUUACUGUUUAUGCAUUUGCAUGCAUAUAUUGAUUAUAUAUAUGAGCAUAAAUAUAUAGGUUAAUCUGGUAUUUAUUAUUAGAUUAGCGACACAUGUUGUCCAAGGGACUUACUUAGAUAUUUCCUAGCAACAAAUCGUUGUUGUUAUUAUAGCAUGGAAAUUAGUAU